AUGAGUCAACCCAAAAUUACCUUGCAAGAAGCCAUGAAUACGCUCACCAACAUGUUUCCAUCAUUUGAUGAAGGAACCAUCAAGAGCGUACUGUAUCAAACAAAUGGGCAUAUGGAACGAACAAUAGAGUUGCUGUUGGGAAUGGUGCCAGAAGGAGGAGAUGAAAUGGGUGCAAAUCAGUCGCGUACAAUGUCAUCAUCGGCAAACCAACAACAACCAUCACAAAAUACGUCAACAACAAUACAACAUACAUUGGAUGAUAAUUUUCUCAGAUACUCGAAUUUAAACGGUGAUGGUAGUAACACUGGUAAUUAUUAUGAUGAACAAUCGGACGCUCCACUUUAUUCAGAAGAUGAAAUUUAUGCAUACCGAUUACAAAAAUCAUUGUACGAGCAAGGUUUAUCAUCCGUUCCUCCACCAAUGCCAGGAAUUGAUGAGUCCAUAGUAGAUCCCACACCAAGCAGAAAUCAAAACCCAAAUAUAAGAAGAGACGUUGACAGUGGAUAUUCUUCGAGAGGAAUUGGCUCUCAUGCUGCAAGUUCAAGCUCUCAAACAAGCUUUACUUUUGAUCAACUGAGUGAUUUUGCAAAGAAGAAAUUUGCUGACUUCAAAAAGAGAUUUACUAGUGGCACCACUGCAAAUCGAAAUAAUACAAACACAAAUCCAGAACAGGACAAGGAAGAAGAGCGAAUGAGAACCGGUUUACUUGGCCACCAUGAUGACGAUGAUGAAAAUGAUCGAUUGUAA